AUGGGAGGGUUGGGAAAGACCACAUUCGCUCAAAAUGUUUAUAAUGAUGAAAAAGUCCAAAAUCAUUUUGAGCUAAAGUUAUGGGUGUGUGUUUCUGAUGUCUUUGAUCUAAAAGUAAUAGUAGAAAAGACAUUAAAAUCAAUAGGAAAGGAACCAGGACACUUUGAGUUGGAUCAAUUGCAAACAAGUCUUCGUAAUGAAAUUAGUGGAAAGAAAUAUUUGUUUGUGCUGGAUGAUGUUUGGAAUGAAGAUCUUCAAAAAUGGAUGGACUUGAUGGCACUAUUGAUGUGCGGUGCAAGAGGAAGUAGGAUCUUAGUAACCACUUCUUCUGAAAAAGUUGCAAAAAUAACCGGUGGCAAAUUGCAACAUUAUUCUCUAAAGGGCUUAGAUCUAGAUAAGUGUUGGUCUUUAUUUAAGAAAAUAGUGUUCGAGGGGAAAGAGCCAGAAAGUCCAAAAGUGAAAGAAAUCGAAGAGCAGAUUGUAAAGAAAUGUGUUGGAGUUCCCCUUGCAAUAAAGACAAUUGCAAGUCUUUUAUAUUAUAGAGAUUCAGAAAGAGAAUGGUUGACUUUUUUAGAAAAUGAUCUUUCAAAAAUAACCCAAAAUGAAAAUGUCAUUUUAAAUACACUUAAAUUGAGCUAUAAUCAUCUCUUAUCACAUUUGAAGCAUUGUUUUGCAUAUUGCCCAUUAUUUCCCAAAGAUUAUGUGAUUGAUGUGAAAAAAUUGAUUCAUCUUUGGGUUGCUCAAGGAUUCAUUGAGCCGUCAAAUUCAAGUCUAUGUGUUGAAGACAUAGAGCUACGGUAG